CGACUACAUGUCCAAACUCUCCGCACUCGGGUCUUGGCGCCCGAUGGCCUUCUCCGACAUCGACUUCGACUAGCCGGCUAACAAUUGUUCUCCAUUGCCUCAUUCACCCUUCCGACGUUGGUCAUUGAAUUUUUCCGGAACAUCUCAGCUGUGGUUCAUGCAGCGUCAACUCGCGGACCGCUGGGCUCGUAAACGCUACUUUGGAUAGUUUCCGGGCACCGAACACUCCUACUUGCCUGCAGUACCGUAGGCGUGAGCGAGUGCGGGGAAUUUGAGGCCUGUCUGCAGUGUGAAGAGCUUUCUUUUUGUCCCAUUCGCGGUUGUGCCUCUAGGCCAUUUUCUUGUCUCCUUUACUUCGUAUUCUCUUUCUCACACUUCGGUCAUCACCACCGCCAUCAUGCACAUCUCUCAGAUGUUGGCCCAGUCCAGGGCAGAGGGAAAGCCGACCUUUUCCUUCGAAUUCUUCCCACCCAAGACUGCCCAGGGUGUCCAAAAUCUAUACGACCGAAUGGACCGAAUGCACGAUUUCGGCCCAAAGUUCAUCGACGUCACAUGGGGCGCCGGCGGCAGUUUGUCCCACCUCACCUGCGAAAUGAUCAAGGUCGCUCAGAACGUAUAUGGCCUCGAGACCUGCAUGCAUCUCACCUGUACCGAUAUGGAGAGAUCCAAGAUCGACAAUGCACUCAAGGAAGCCCAUGAUGCCGGUUGUACCAAUAUCCUUGCCUUGCGAGGCGAUCCUCCCCGAGAGAAAGAAAAAUGGGAGGCGGCGUCCGGUGGCUUCCGCUACGCCAAAGACUUGGUCAAAUAUAUUCGCGAGCGUUAUGGGAACUUUUUCGACAUCGGAGUAGCCGGAUACUCGGAAGGGAGUGACGACAACGACAAUGUUGACGAGCUUAUCGAUCAUUUGAAAGAAAAAGUGGAUGCCGGUGCGACCUUCAUAGUCACUCAAAUGUUCUACGAUACCGACCUGUUCCUCGAGUGGGUGCACAAAGUCCGCGCGAAAGGGAUCGACAUUCCCAUCAUCCCCGGCAUCAUGCCCAUACACACCCACGCUGCUUUCCUCCGACGCGCCAACUGGACAAAAUGUAACAUCCCUACACACUGGACUGAAGCUCUCGACCCAAUCAAGAACGAUGACGCUGAGGUUCGGGAGGUCGGGAAAGGCUUGGUGGCGGAGAUGUGCACAAAGUUGAUCAACGCCGGUAUCUUGCAUCUACACUUCUACACCAUGAACCUGGCUCAAGCGACGCGCAUGGUUCUUGAAGAGCUGGAACUUCUGCCAGACGUCGAAAGCCCACUUCAAAAGCCACUUCCCUGGCGGCCAUCCCUUGGGCUCAACCGCCGCGAAGAGAAUGUACGCCCUAUCUUCUGGCGUAACCGUAACCGCUCUUACGUUGCCCGUACCCAAGAUUGGGACGAAUUUCCCAACGGCCGCUGGGGAGAUGCUCGUUCGCCUGCCUUUGGUGAAUUGGACGCCUAUGGUAUUGGAUUGAAGGGCACGAAUGAGCAGAACAUCAAGCUAUGGGGAGCACCCAAGUCUAUCAAGGAUAUUUCAGAUCUCUUCGUCAGUUACAUGACGGGAAAACUCUCGUCUCUUCCUUGGAGCGAAGCUCCCAUCUCCAAUGAAGCAGAUACGCUCCGAAAAGACCUCAUCAACUUGAACCAGAGAGGCUUCUUCACCAUAAACUCCCAACCCGCUGUCAAUGGCGCCAAGUCCUCCGACCUGGUUUACGGAUGGGGCCCACGCAACGGUUACGUUUACCAGAAGGCUUACCUCGAAAUACUGGUAACUCCAGAACACAUCGCCGAGUUGAUAACCAGGAUUGAACGUGACCCAAGCUUGACAUACUACGCAGUGAAUAAAGAUGGAGACUUGAAGACAAACGCAUAUGGUGAUGGCCCGAAUGCCGUUACUUGGGGUGUGUUCCCCGGCAAAGAAAUCGUCCAGCCAACUAUCGUUGAGACUGUAAGCUUCCUUGCCUGGAAAGACGAGUUCUUCAAAGUGGGACGGGAGUGGGCCAACUGCCAUGCCUCAACUAGUCCCUCGCGAUACAUCAUCGAGGACCUCAUGGACACGUGGUACCUAAUCAACAUUGUGCACAACGACUUCCACGUCCAACACGGUAUUUUCCCACUGUUCGAAGGUCUUCAAGUCACCGACAUGGAAAAACCUCUCUACGAGACUGGUGCAUCCAACGGACAUUCCACCAAUGGGGACCAUGCUACCAAUGGCUCUGCUGCUAAAGGCGGCAAAUCGACCUUGAAUGAUCUUGUUGAAGCUGCAAAAUCUGCUGCAAGAACAGCCACUAACGGCAUGAACGGCCUUGCAGUUUCUUCAUAA